ACUGUAAAAUCCCUAAUUCGACAGACAGAGAGAGAGAAUGGGAAGUAACCGUCCUAGGAAUUUCCGGCGGCGAGGGGACGACGGCGGCGAUGAAAUCGACGGUAAAGUUGCUACCCCCGCGGCAAAACCGACUUCGACUCCUUCUUCGUCGAAACCUAAAACUCUCUCAGCCUCGGCCCCGAAGAAGAAACUUCUAAGUUUCGCCGACGACGAGGAGGAGGAAGAAGAUGGAGCUCCCCGUGUGACGAUAAAGCCUAAGAACGGCAGAGACCGUGUCAAAUCCUCUUCCCGUCUCGGCGUUUCGGGAUCUUCUCACAGACACUCUUCAACCAAGGAACAUCGUCCCGCUUCUUCUAUCUCCACCGUGGCUCCGCUUUCUAACGUGCUUCCUCAGGCCGGUUCUUAUUCGAAAGAGGCGCUGCUCGAGCUCCAGAAGAACACACGGACGCUUCCCUAUUCUCGCCCUAGUGCCAAUGCCGAGCCAAAAGUAGUGCUUAAGGGUUUAAUCAAACCUCCGCAUGAGCAUGAGCAGCAGCAGAGUCUCAAGGAUGUGGUCAAACAGGUUUCGGAUUUGGACUUCGAUGAGGAUGGUGAAGGAGAGCAGCCUGAAGAUGCUUUUGCCGAUCAGGCAGCGAUUAUUAGAGCCAAGAAAGAGAGGAUGAGGCUGUCACGUUCAGCACCGGCGCCUGAUUACAUAUCACUGGAUGGUGGUACCGCAAAUCAUUCUGCUGUUGAAGGAGUCAGCGAUGAGGAUGCAGAUUUUCAGGGGAUUUUCGUCGGUCCGAGACCACACAAAGGUGAGAAGAAAGGUGUGUUUGAUUUCGGUGAUGAAAAUCCUACUGCUAAAGAAACCACGACAAGUAGUUUGUAUGAGGAUGAGGAUGAAGAAGAGAAGUUGUGGGAAGAGGAGCAAUUUAAAAAGGGUAUUGGUAAAAGAAUGGAUGAAGGGUCUCAUAGGACUGUAACUAGUAAUGGGAUUGGCGUGCCUUUGCAUUCUAACCAGCAGUCACUACCACAACAGCAACCGCAGAUGUAUGCUUAUCAUGCUGGGACACCAAUGCCGAAUGUUUCUGUGGCUCCUACCAUUGGUCCAGCUACUAGUGUUGAUACAUUACCAAUGUCACAACAAGCUGAGCUUGCUAAGAAGGCAUUGAAAGACAAUGUUAAGAAGCUUAAGGAAUCUCAUGCAAAAACGUUAUCCUCCCUUACCAAGACAGAUGAGAAUUUGACUGCUUCGUUGAUGAGUAUCACAGAUCUUGAAAGUUCGCUAUCUGCAGCUGGAGAUAAGUAUGUGUUCAUGCAAAAACUCAGAGACUUCAUUUCUGUUAUCUGCGACUUCAUGCAGAAUAAGGGUUCCUUAAUUGAAGAAAUUGAAGAUCAGAUGAAGGAACUUAAUGAAAAACAUGCUUUAUCUAUUCUGGAAAGGAGAAUUGCAGAUAACAAUGAUGAAAUGUUAGAGUUGGGGGCCGCUGUGAAAGCAGCAAUGACAGUUCUAAACAAACAAGGAAGCAGUAAUUCAGUGAUUGCUGCUGCCACAAGUGCUGCGUUGGCUGCCUCUGCUUCUAUAAGACAGCAGAUGAAUCAACCAGUUAAGCUUGAUGAAUUUGGCAGAGACGAAAAUCUGCAGAAGCGCAGGGAAGUGGAACAGAGGGCUGCAGCCCGGCAGAAAAGGCGAGCUCGAUUUGAAAACAAGCGUGCAUCAGCCAUGGAGAUUGAAGGAUCUUCUCUGAAAAUAGAAGGAGAAUCAAGCACUGAUGAGAGUGACACUGAGACUUCAGCUUAUAAGGAGACAAGAGAUAGCUUACUUCAGUGUGCUGAUAAGGUGUUUAGUGAUGCAUCUGAGGAGUACUCCCAGCUUUCAAGGGUGAAGGCGAGAUUUGAGAGGUGGAAGCGAGACUAUUCAUCAACUUAUCGGGAUGCUUACAUGUCUUUGACCGUUCCCUCCAUCUUUUCACCUUAUGUAAGACUGGAGCUUUUGAAAUGGGAUCCUCUUCAUCAAGAUGUGGAUUUCUUUGACAUGAAAUGGCAUGGAUUGCUAUUUGAUUACGGGAAGCCAGAAGAUGGGGAUGAUUUUGCACCAGAUGAUACUGAUGCCAACCUUGUCCCUGAGCUAGUAGAAAAGGUUGCGAUUCCCAUUUUGCACCAUCAGAUAGUUCGUUGCUGGGAUAUACUUAGCACCCGGGAGACAAGAAAUGCUGUUGCUGCUACAAGCUUGGUGACAAAUUAUGUUUCUGCUUCGAGUGAGGCCUUAGCAGAACUAUUUGCUGCUAUUCGUGCUCGCCUUGUUGAAGCCAUUGCAGCUAUUAGCGUUCCGACAUGGGAUCCGCUGGUAUUGAAGGCUGUACCUAAUGCUCCACAAGUUGCAGCAUAUAGAUUUGGGACAUCAGUCCGUCUUAUGAGAAAUAUAUGUAUGUGGAAAGACAUUCUGGCGCUUUCAGUGUUGGAGAACUUGGCUCUUAGUGACCUUUUGUUUGGAAAAGUUCUACCCCAUGUCAGAAGCAUUGCAUCAAAUAUACAUGAUGCUGUGACAAGAACUGAAAGAAUUGUUGCUUCUUUGUCUGGAGUAUGGACAGGACCAAGCGUCACAAGAACCCACAGUCGUCCACUGCAACCUCUUGUGGAUUGUACUCUGACACUCAGAAGAAUUCUCGAGAAAAGGCUUGCCUCAGGACUGGACGAUGCAGAAACCACUGGUCUCGCCCGCAGGUUAAAGAGAAUACUAGUAGAGCUCCAUGAACAUGACCAUGCCAGGGAAAUUGUCAGAACAUUCAACCUCAAGGAGGCAGUUUAGUGAAAAUUUUAUUGAUGGGAAACUGGAAAGUCAACUCAGAAAUCUUUAGCCUCAGGUUAUCAGUUACACCUUUCGGACUGUACCAGCUAAGCCUCAUGACUUCAACAUCGAAGAUUACAACUUUUGGAGUCCAAGAAAGUGAAAUUUUCCCU